GCAACUUUGCUUCGGAUCACCGAUCAUUUGGCUUUGAUACGUCGCCUGGCUCGGAGUGCGCAGUGUGUGUGGUGUCAAAUGUGUUAGAAACUCUUCCCUCUUUCGGCGAAUACGAUUUCGAUCGACCACCAUCUCUAGAAUCAGCAGAAGCAAUGAAGUUCACGCCACCACCCGCGUCACUCAGCACGCCGCUGUGCAUCCCGGAGAAGAUCAUGAUGGGGCCGGGCCCAUCGAACUGCUCGAAGCGCGUCCUCACCGCCAUGACCAACACGGUGCUGAGCAACUUCCACGCGGAGCUCUUCCGCACGAUGGACGAGGUGAAGGACGGGCUGCGGUACAUCUUCCAGACCGAAAGCCGUACUACCAUGUGCGUCAGUGGAUCGGCCCACGCCGGCAUGGAGGCCAUGCUGUGCAAUCUGCUGGAGGAGGGCGACCGGGUACUGAUCGCCGUCAACGGUAUCUGGGCGGAGCGGGCCGUCGAGAUGGCGACCCGGUACGGGGCGGACGUUCGCACGAUCGAAGGCCCUCCGGAUCGACCGUUCAGUCUGGAGACGCUGGCCAGAGCCAUCUCCGAGCACAAACCCAAGUGCCUGUUUCUCACGCACGGCGACUCGUCGUCCGGUCUUCUGCAACCGCUGGAAGGUGUUGGGCAGCUCUGUCACCGAAACAAUUGCCUGGUGGUGGUGGAUGCCGUCGCAUCGCUGUGCGGUGUUCCGUUCUACAUGGAUAAAUGGGAAAUCGACGGUGUGUACACCGGCGCCCAGAAGGUACUCGGUGCGCCACCCGGCAUCACUCCGAUUUCCAUCAGCCCCCGAGCACUUGAGGUGAUCCGCAACCGGCACACGAAACCUAAAGUGUUUUACUGGGAUUUGCUUCUGCUGGGCAACUUCUGGGGCUGUUAUGACGAGCCCAAACGCUACCAUCACACCGUGGCAUCGAAUCUGAUUUUCGCGCUGCGUGAAGCGCUGGCGCAGAUCGCUGAAGAGGGCCUGGAGUCACAAAUCAAACGCCGAAUGGAAUGUGCCCAGGUCCUGUACGAGGGCCUCGGGAAGAUGGGGCUGGACAUAUUCGUGAAAGAUCCUCGCCAUCGUCUGCCCACCGUAACCGGUAUUAUGAUCCCGAACGGAGUCGAUUGGUGGAAGGUGACCCAGUACGCAAUGGACAAUUUCUCACUGGAAGUGCAGGGAGGUCUAGGACCCACGUUUGGCAAAGCGUGGCGCGUUGGCAUCAUGGGGGAGAGCUCGACGAUACAAAAAGUAAACUUCUACCUCUACGCAUUCAAGGAAUCCCUUAAGGCAACGCACCCCAACUAUAUUUUUGACGACAGCAAUGGUUAUCACUAGGGUGCGGUGCCGCCCUCCGGUGUAGAUCAUCUUGCUGCUGUCCCAGCCAAUUCGUACGCGUGCAUGAUCGCGUAUGAGGCAUCGGAGAUGCAGAGCAAACAAUUAUCUGAUGGAAUGGUAAACCAUUUUCUGUUAUUAUGAGUAUUGCAGUACUCGUUAGAUGAAACCCUUGGUAUGCGCAGUUAUAAAUCAAAAUGCAAAACUAUGGUUGUGGGACCGAAACAAAGCUUGGUUACGGCACUUCUACGUUACCACUUAUUUCGAGCAUAUUGAUAUGGAACACAUUUCCAGCAUGAAACUCAAUGUGAGA